AUGUUAAAGAAGCCCUUCAGCAGAGUAUAUUCAUUCGGACCGACGUUCCGAGCAGAAGAUUCACACACCAGACAUCAUCUGUCGGAAUUCUACAUGCUCGAGGCUGAAGUCGCAUUCACGAGAUCAUUAUGCGAUGUCAUCAAAUGGAUUGAAGGUCUCAUCAAAUGUAUGACGUUCGCUGUUUUAGAAAGAUGUUCGUCAGACGUUCAAUUCUUUUUUAAAAAUUCCAAGUCCGCUAAACUCGAGUGGGGGGCGGAUUUGCACAAAGAACAUGAACGCUUCCUCACUGAAUACUUCAAUGACGUUCCUGUUUUUGUAACGGACUAUCCAGCUGCUAUUAAACCAUUUUAUGCAAGAGACAACGGGGACAGAGCAACUGUUGCCUCACUUGAUUUGCUCUUUUCUGACGUUGGCGAGGUAUGUGGAGGCAGUUUGAGAGAAGAGAGGUAUGACUUUUUAAAGUCAAAACUGGAGCAACUCAAUCUUUGCAAAUCACUCGAAUGGUAUUUAGACUUACGAAAGUUUGGUUCCUGUCCUCAUGGUGGGUUCGGAUUAGGAUUUGAAAGAUACAUCCAAAUGCUGCUGGGACUGAACAACAUCAAAGACGCCAUCCCAUUCCCGAGAUACACCAGCAGUUGUAAACUUUGA